GGGCCUGUUCUCGUGCGACAGGCAAUCUUCACAAGAGCUUUAUGACGAAGCGCCUCUGCGUAAAACAGAUACCAAAGAUAUAUUCAGGGCCGUUUUAACAAAGUCAAAAUAAAGGGACCUAGUGAAGCCAGCUUCUUCACUGCUUGAGAAAAAACUUGGCGAUAAAAGCAUCGGAUAUCUUCUCGGAAUCUGUAAAUGUGGUACAAUGGAGGACGAUAAAAACUGGAUGAAGUCUUUCAAACUUAGUAAAGAUUUUGAUUAUAUAACAGAUGAAUCUUCAACAAGAAAGACAGAAUUUGAAGAGAUGGUUAUGUUCCCCGUCACAGGUAUGAAUCAUAACCCGGAAAAUACGACACUUAUUAAACAAGAGUUCACCCCCGGUUGCGGCCACAACCGGGACAAAAAUAGAGGUCGGGUUGACAAAAGCAUUGACGUAACAACGAUAUUAGAUGACCUCUUACAGCGAAAUAAGAGGGGUGUUUAUCCAUGGCCAUGUCAGUAUUCGAAACCAGCUGGAAACAGCGACACUGUAGAGAGUUUUUCUAAUAUUCAAGUCAGCAAAGCCAACGCUUGGGAAAUGGUGGCAUUUGAUCUUUCACUCGAUGCCAAUGAAAAAAAUCAAUUUCUUGGCUCUGGUACUGGCAUUGCAGCAAGAAAAGAGGAGUUGUUUGCUUCAUUGCAAAACAGGGGCGACGUAUUAGUGAACUGUGCCCGCAGCAUGCAGGCGGAGCAGCCCUGUGACAAUUUCAGCAAAACAAGCAAAAAUGGUAAGAAAGUAGACGGAGCCUUAUUGCAAACAGACAAAGACAUCGUAUUCGAAGAGGGUCUUGAUUUUGCAGAGGCGGAACAAUGGAUGACGGACAUAUCUGAAAUUUUAAAAGCCCCCGAAAUCGACAUGGAUUAUACUGAAACAAAGUUAAUCGCAACAAACAUCGAGGGUGAAGACACAAUUGUGGAAUCACACACAGGACUGGGUUUGAAUGAUAAACAGGCAAAAUCUCUAAUAGGAACAAGAGAAGUAAAUUUACUUGUCGAGGCUUUGCAGACCAGAUCAUUCACACCGAUUUUGUAUCUCCUUUCGUCAGUACUGGGCAAUAAUGGCGACAUUGAGUGCCUGCUUGGGGAAACACCCGAUUCUCGUACAAUAACUAAUGGCUGGAAUGGCAGGGCAUGUCCUGAUGUACCAUCUCACUUUUCAAUUCUAGAACAUAGGGUCCCAAUCUUGUCCCAACAAACAUCAGUUGACUCCGAUACGACUUCCACUUGGCCCGACAGUCACACGCGACAAUCAUGGUCGGAUUGCUCUACGGACAAUGAAGAAUUUUUUACCGAUAGCCGGCCGAAAUUUAAUUCAAAGUCAACGGCGAAAAUGCAGCCUUUUGGCAAUCUCGACAGCACAGCAAAUCAUGUAGCAAGUAAUAAUUACGACAUGGGUUUCAUGAGUGUAAUUGAUGAUAUGAUGCAACCAAACGCGAAAUGCGAUUUGCAGACGUUCAAGAAUCUGCUAGAACAAGAUAGGCCCGACGAAAGUGAAACAGCAACUGAGAAAAAAAGACCAAGGGUGUGGAAGUCUAUCGGCACAGGCACAGAUUCUUUAAACUAUGACAGAGACGUAGAAGGUGCAAACGAGCCAGACAAUGCCCCAAAAAGAGAAAUAAAAUCGGCAAAUCAUAGACCGGGACCCAACAAGUGUUACCAUUUGUGGGAUUUUCUACGAGAGUUAUUGGACAGUGAUCAGUCACCGGGCCUCGACGUAGUGGAGUGGAUCGAUAAAGAGAAAAGGGAGUUCAGACUAAAAGACACAAAGCAGCUGGCAGAACUGUGGGGGAAGAAAAAGAAGCUAUCAAAUAUGAAUUACGACAAACUUUCCCGCUCCUUGCGAUAUUACAUAAAGCUGGACAUACUUAGAAAAGUGCCAGGCAAACGCCUGUAUUUCAGAUUCGGGAAAGGCAGGAUGUGGAGAAAAAUGAACAAGUGAACGUUGUUCUGUUACUGACAAUCAUGCUUCGCCGCCAUCAAAAAGUCUACAAUGCAUUUUUAUAGACUUUAUAUACCAUGUAGAAGUCUUGUAGAUUAGGACACUGCAGCCGCCGUCGAGCUUCCCUCAGCGGGAAAUGGUUGCAAAGAACAGAGUGGUUUUGCGAGCAAUGUUACCAAGAACCAGUUUCUAGAGUCAUCACUUACUACUGUAUUUCAUAGCAAUUAGAGACAAGCACAAUCAGUAUUCCUUACUAACGGGGGAGAAAGGAUAUUGACAAAUAAGUCUGCCAACACACGAAGAUGAAGUUAAAUUCUUUACCUGUGCUGACGAGUUACAGAUAAAUAAUUAACCCUAGUUUGUAAACAUGUUGAAAGCUGGCUAUUUAAUAAAUCUAGAACGUACGUACUACUUUACCCGAAUGCCCCUCCUCCUAGCCUGCGUGCAAACUCUGAAAUUGAAAAGGGGAAAAAAGUAAUUUUCUCCUCUUUUCAAUUUGUCAACAGAGUCUGCACGCAGGCUACCUCCUCCAGGCUUACGAAUGCAUGCUUUUGUGGAAAUCAAACCCCGUUCUCUGAGCGCAAGUACUUACUUUAUAGAGGCCUGCGUAAAUUUUUAGACUUAGAAGUUGUAUAUAUAUAAGUGCGUAUUAUACAUGCAAACUCCGAUCAGAGAUUUAUUGUAAAUCUACUGGACCAAUGCCUGUCUACGACAUACUUAGCUCAACAGUGGGGGACUUGGAGCACCCAUAUGGUGUAAGCAACAAAAAAGCAAAACCUCGUAGAGUGUUGUCGUAGUGUGGGUCCGUCAGAGGACAGUAAAUGUCAGAAUUGGAGUUUGAUGUAAAGAAGGAUUCUAGAAGGAAGGGUAUUUUUAAAAAUAUUGUCCUUUCAUGGAAUUUUAGAACAUUAGAAUUAGAUUGAUAUAAUGUAUGAAGUUACCGAAAAAGUUUUUGAAACAAAAUAUGUAGACAUAAUUUUUUGUACUGUUUAAAAUAAAUACUGUAUUUUAUGAUGCAAAUAAUAUUUGCUACAAAUUUGUAAAUAGAGGAUAAAGAAAUUGUCUUAUUAUCAAAUUGAUAUUUUCCUGAGAUUUACUGAAGUAGUAAGGAUACGGUACAAAAAAGCCAUGUUUGAUCAACUUUUCUUCAUUCGUGCAGAGUUUGAAUAAGAAUGGACUAGAUAUUCUCUCAAAUGGAAGUAGAAAUUAUUUACAUUUCGCUGGGUUCGACAUUUCCAACAAAUUAACUUCUAGGUACAAACAUGGCAAUUUCAACGGUAUUUGAAGGGCAUGAUGCCUUUUGUACAUCCUCGACAUUUGUGCUGAGUUAUAAAACCCACCACUUGAAAUAUUUCAAUUCAGCCCACGUCGAUUUCAGUGCACUUCAGUAAGAUCUGCACACAGGUAACAAAUAUUACACACAUCCUCCAGAAAAUAAACUAUCAGAUUUGGAGUUAAUGUUCUAAAUUCGAUUGUUGCGAAAACACUUGCGUACAGGACUUCACUAUUGCAAGACAAAAAAUUAACUAGAUAGGUUCAAAAUUUGUAACAAACA